AGUUUGGAGUUUACAUGAUCUCCUUUAAUCUUUAAAACAGAGUAUUUUUUUGAUGCAACGACACGUUUAUUCAUUUUAUUUUCGUGUCUCUCAUUGUCUGCUUUUCCUGAUGCACUAAUUCAACGCAUUUCCCAGCAGAGAUCACUGUGAGACCGCAGGUCGGGAGGAUGACAGCACGAGUGUACCGCUCAUUGAUGGCUGUUUUAUCAUGUCUGUCUGGAAACUUGAUCAUAACAGAGGCCACAUUUGGCUUCCCAGCAAUGGUGUUCGGUUUCUGUCCGAUGAAGCUAACGGUCGUGCCGUCUCGUCGAGGAUGUUUCUUUGAUGGAGAUUGCCCUGGAGGAGAAAAAUGCUGUAUAUUUGAGUCUGGGUCUGCCUGUGUGCCACCUGUUUCCAUGGAUAGAAUUAUUCAGCAGUCAUGGAUUAAGCCAGGACUGUGUCCACCCCCAACCUAUGGAAGAAGAUCGUGUACCUCAUUCUGUAACGGUGACUCUGACUGUCCCAACAAUGAGAAGUGCUGCAGCAAUGGAUGUGGUCAUUACUGUACAGCUCCAUAUACAGUGAAGCCAGGUCAAUGUCCCAAACCGAAGAAAACUCCAGAAUGUGCUGAAAGCUGUUUCCAUGAUGGCCAGUGUCCUUUCACAAAGAAAUGUUGCCCAACCACCUGUGGCCAUGCAUGUAGUGAAGCAAAUGAUCUAGAACAUGAUCAGGGAAGUGUUCACGCAAGUGUUCACGUAAGUGUUCAGUCAGAUGAUCAUGGAAGUGGUUCUGGAAGUGCUCAGGGAAGUAGUUCUGGAAGUGGAAGUAGUUAUGGAAGUGGAAGUGCUCAGGGAAGUGGUUCUGGAAGUGGAAGUGGUUCUGGAAGUGGUAGUGCUCAGGGAAGUGGUUCUGGAAGUGGAAGUGGUUCUGGAAGUGGAAGUGGUUCUGGAAGUGGUUCUGGAAGUGGAAGUGCUCAGGGAAGUGGUUCUGGAAGUGGAAGUGCUCAGGGAAGUGGUUCUGGAAGUGGAAGUAGUUCUGGAAGUGGAAGUGCUCAGGGAAGUAGUUCUGGAAGUGGAUCAGAUCAGGGAAGCGGUCAGGCUCAGGGAAGUAGCUCUGCAAGUAGUUCUGGAAGUGGAUCAGAUCAGGGAAGUAGCUCUGCAAGUAGUUCUGGAAGUGGAUCAGAUCAGGGAAGUAGCUCUGCAAGUAGUUCUGGAAGUGGUCAGGCUCAGGGAAGUAGCUCUGCAAGUAGUUCUGGAAGUGGUCAGGCUCAGGGAAGUAGCUCUGAAAGUGGAUCAGAUCAGGGAAGUAGCUCUGCAAGUAGUUCUGGAAGUGGAUCAGAUCAGGGAAGUAGCUCUGCAAGUAGUUCUGGAAGUGGUCAGGCUCAGGGAAGUAGCUCUGCAAGUAGUUCUGGAAGUGGACCAGAUCAGGGAAGCGGUCCGGCUCAAGGAAGUAGUUCUGGAAGUGAUCAGGGAAGCGGUCAUGCUCAGGGAAGUGGCUUUGCAAGUAGUUCUGGAAGUGGAAGCAGUCAGGCUCAGGGAAGUAGUUCUGGAAGUGGAAGUAAUUAUGUUUUUGUGUCAAUAUAACAAAUUAUGAUGGCUAUUUCUAAAUAAAUGCAUUACAAAAUACUUUUGUAAUGACACUUUCAUUAUAAUAUGAAACUGAGAAUAAGAAUAAAUCUAAUAUAGAUGCAA